GAUUCCGUCACGUGCAUUUGUUGUUAUCAUCAGCUGGGUCCGGGCUUGUUCGAGUAUAUACAGCGACUUACUGUUCAUUUACCGUCUCGCUCUAAAUCUCAAUGUAGAGGGAGACGAAUGCGAAAGUUAACUCGCUUUAAUCAGCUGUUGUUAGUCCGCUCACUGUAGCCGGCCGGCUGGUGUAGUUAGUUGUUCUAUAACUGUUUGUGGUAGCGCAAGGCUCAGCGUGUCAAUUUUAUUCUCUAAUAAGUAUGUGCAUUACUGAUUAUAACAAAAUAUCAGUUAUAGAUGGAUAUGUAAAGUGUUUUAAAUAUCAUCAACAAUCGGUGCACAAAUUGUUAGUUAGGAGACAGUAUUUUACUGAUGACGUUGUAUUGUGAAAAAUUUUAAAAGGACUUGUAGUUAAAGUUUUUUUAAUUGUAUCGUCGUUUUUGUUAAAAUUCGUGAAAAUGUCGACGGGAAAGCGUUUAGCAAAGCGUUCUAUUAUCGGAACUCGCGUUUGUGCUCCAGGAGAAGACGGAAAAUAUUAUUCGGGAGUAAUUCAAGCCGUCAAAACACCGGCAAAUUUUUUAGAAAACAACAAUUGCAUUAAUUUAACACCGAACACGCGUUAUACGGUCCGUUUCGAUUCACGACAAGGCAAUUUGGGUAGAACAAGUUGCGAAUUCCACGAAAGCGAACUUAUCGGACCCGGCUUCCAAUCGGUACUCGGGUUAGAAUUGGUACCGGGACAAAAAUGUUUCGUCACUUAUAACGGCAGAGAAAAUUCUGGUGAAGUGCUUCAACAUCAUGCCGAAACUGAUGAUGUUAUUAUUAGAAUUCAACCACCAGGCACAGAGCUGUCUUUUGAAGUCCAUAAGCGUUUAGAAGAGGUUCGCCUCUUGGAAUCCCGAAAAUCGGCCAGAUUAGCUGAUCAAGAUACUGAUUUCGCCCGACUCGCUGAUAUGGCUGGCGAUAGAAAAAGAACUGCCUCACAUACCAUAGAUGUUCCUGCUCCUUCGUACCAUCAAGGAUCUCGUAAACGCCGACCAGGAUACCAGGACGAUUGUCCAAAAGACAGUCAGAUGGACGAAUGCAGCGCUGCUUUAGUACUAAUGAGUUUGUCUUGUUCACCACAUUCGCCUAAUUUAAAUGCGUUUUCAUACCCAGGCACAUCUCCGUGUAGUAGCAGCAGCAGCUCCGCGUCUUAUAGAUCUACCCCUUCACCACCACCGAUCGUUUAUUCACCGCAUGGUACGCCAUUAUCAACGAGCUCCAUUUCCGAUGAAGGAAUUGUCUUGGAUUAUUUCCCCGAUGAAUUACCGAGAAAGAAAAAGAAUUUGACGCGAAUUGUGUUCCAAUGUACCUGGCCAAGUUGCUUAAAAAUAACAAGUACCUGCGAAGCAAUAGAAGCUCAUGUACGCAAUGAACAUUUAAAAGAUAAAAUAUGUGAGGAUUCCGAAGAAGAAUUUUAUUACACGGAAGUAGAAAUGGGUCUUACAAGUCCUCCGCCGACUCUGUCUCAUCGUGACAUGGCCAGACCCUUCCACGAAGAUCCAGAUUACCAAAGACUUCUAGUUGGCAAUAUGCGCCAAUCUAUUUUGAAUCAACAGCAUCAGGUCCCUCCAUCUCCUCACAAACUUCUCAAAUUGUCACCGCGUCCUCAUAGUCCCAAAAUUCCAGUAUCUCCAAGGAGAAUUCGUGGCGAAAAUAAAAAAUGCCGAAAAGUCUACGGAAUGGAACAUCGAGAACAAUGGUGCACGCAAUGCAAAUGGAAAAAAGCUUGCUCUAGAUUCGGGGACUGAUACGCGCCAUCAAAACGUUAGAGACGCUUCUCGGAAGUGCCCCGAAAUGUGUUCUACUAUGGACAGAAAGGGUGCGGACUACCCUGAUCUCAACACUUGAUGGAAGUACAACUAAUAAGAUAUUUCUUUAGUGAUGAUCAAAGAUCAAUCAAAUCAAGCUGUAUCUGUGUUCUUUAUAAAAUAUUUACUCAAUAUACUGCUGGUAUAUACUUCCUUGGAGGCUACGCUACAGAUCUAACUUUUCUAAGGAAUUUAUGAAAGUUUCGUUACAAACCUAUUUAUAUAUUACCUAUUUUCUACAAAAAAACCGUCCCUUUGGUAAUAAUUCGGAUAUUUUAUUCCUAACUACAUCCCUAUUGAUAUUCUAACCUCAAAAAUUAGUUUUAAGUUGUAUAAUUGAUGUUUUUCCCAUGGAUUCCCAAGGGUAAAAUACUUUCUGUCUUCUUGUCUUGUCUGUCAAAAUACCUAAUAACCUAUUAAGGUUAAAACAGAGUCGUUAGAAUUUAGAAAAAAUUCGUGCCGUUUCGAGAUGGCAUAAUCCUUUAGAUUGCGACAUAUUCAAAGUCCUGUACCAAUUUUAGAGGUUAUGUAACCUUUUAAAUUUAUACACGAAUUCCCAUCAAGUGUUUUUCCAACCCAAAGCAAAAUCAGUUCCAAAAUUCAAUCAUCAAAAGCAAAUUUCGAAGACCCAAAUACCCAAGAAAACAACAAUAUAUCAUAUUUUGGCAAAAUAAGAUUUUCUGAGUUUAUAAAAUGGUUUUGACGAAUCAAAAGGUCGUUUUGAGAAGGAAUAACUCGUCUAGAUACGAGACACAAUGAAAAACAUGUUUAUUGGCGUUGAAUAAUAAAUAUUUGGAAAACUUAGACUUCUCUAUAUUAUCGAUAUAAUCGUCGUUUAGAUCAAUGCAUUCUUGCAUCCUCAUCAUUCUGCUUCUCUUCGGUAGUGAAAUGCGACCCACCAAGUUUUUCCUUAAUUCAGGGAAUACACUUUCAGUUGCGAAUGUAUGUCCACCAGAAAAAACGAAUCACAGAACUUAAUUCGCACCUGGAGUGGAAAUCAAAUAGAAGUUUAAUUUUUCACGACGACCAAAAUAAGAAUUAACGUUGUAGACAGCUCGACGGGGCGGGAACUGGGAAAAACGGAUCCAAACUACACGUCAGUAUCGCCAAAACUGGUGUAACGGCGUUCCUAGCGUCCGCAGAUCGUUGGAAACCUUAUUUUAUGGAUGACCCUCGUAUUUUAGGUACUGUACCAAUUUUAUUGGGUACGUACUGGAAUUAGAAUUUCUGGUUAGUUUUAUUUGAUACUACACGUUCAAAAAUGGUAGUUUAUUCAUGUUAACAACUUUUUCCAACCCAAAGCAAAAUCAAUUCAAAAAUUCAAUCACCAAAAACAAAUUUUGACGACUCAAUUACCCAAGGAAAGAUCAAUAAAUUAUACAAGACACGUAUUUCAAUCAAACAAUAUUUUUAUUCAUUUACUUAUUUUGUUUUAUGUGUCGUUUAUUUAUGUAAUCAAGUUUAUUUUAAUAUUCUAAUUAAUUUUGAGUUUAAAACAUAUUCAUUUAGCCCCCUUCUAAUGACAGUUAAAACCACAAAUUUCCCAUUCAAUCGUCAUAUAUCACAAGUUUAUACUUUUCACAAUCAAAAAAGUUGGGGGUUGUACCUAUCUUAUGAAAGUUGAAGAUAGGAUUGUACAAUAAACAAAUUUUUGUUUUUUCCACACUGUAUAUAAUCAAUGAUAUUUUUUUUGGACGGCACUCUCAUCUAUUCUGAAGUUAAUUUAGAUCUGUAAGUUUAUAAGACUGCACAUUUAGAGUAGUCAGCCCACAAUUUCGAGACAUCUUUACAGUUAUCGUUUUAAAGGUAACUAGACUGAUAAAAGUGGGUUAAAUUGCUCUUCAUACCGACUAUUUUUAAUUGAGCCUCCCAGUAUUACCGAUAUUUAGAGUCUAGUGAUGUAGGGACAGAUUCACACUUUAUAUCUCGUGGUGUUAAUCCGGACUGCAUUUUUUUAUUCAGCAUCGUAUUUAAUUUACAUAAUGAUUGUUUUAUUACCACUAUCGUCACUAUUAAAUUGAAAUUAUUAAUAGUGAAAAAUGUACAUUAGUUUCGGGACAUUACAAAAAAAAAAACACUAACUACAGUGGUUAUUUUCCUUAAGCAUUAUUUUAAUAUUUUUUAACGGCUUCUUUCAAAGUUCUACUUAAAAAUUCAUAUUAAUUUAAUUUUUAAAUGAAAAUAAACUAAAUUUAACUUUUUCUAUGAAGGUCAAUACAAUUAUCUAUUUUUUAAUAAUAUUUGAAAUGAUGAUAAGGUUACUUUAUACAUAACACUAAAGAAAAAUGUGGAAAAUUAAUUUUUUUCAUCAUAAAUAGCAACAUUUUGAAAUAGAUCACGUUUUUUCAAAAUCAGUUUUGAAGCAAUAAGGAAACGCCACUGAUUAUAAUGAAAAUGCUAUAAAAUAAUAUAACAAAAUCAACUUUGGAACGUCAAUGAUACGCCACUGAGUGUAUCAUGAAAAUGCUAUAAAAGAAUAUAACAAGUGAAUUGAAUAAAAAUUUUGAAGUAAUUAUCAUUAUAAUAAUGAUAAAAUACUGUUGGAUUUCCCAUUCACUUUAACUAAUUGAGAAUAAAGAAAAAUUUAACAAGACAUUGAAAGACAUUUUCCAAAUUUUUCAUUAGUGAACGAUGGAAUUUUUGCAUUAUAACCUCAAAUAAAAUUCGCAAUGGGAACAUUGAUGCCUGUCGUAAAGCGUGGAGGCGGUCAUUUUUUAACAAAAUUAGGUUAUGUGGAUAUUUUAUAUGAAAAUAUUUACAUGACUGUAAAUUCUAAUUUUAGUAAAUAUUGUCUAGUUCACGAUCCAAUUCGACAUACUUAAACUAAAAUUAUUUGGAUUAGCUCAUUAUAUCCCGAAUUUUAUCUAGAAUAUUGUUCAUAAAAAGUUAAUUAGCCUAUAAAAACUUACAGUUAUGAACAAUUAAACACCUUCAAAAAUUGUUUUCUAGAAUUAUUAAAGAAUAAAUAUUUUCGAAUUUUUCAAGAAAGAUACUCAAAGAAGAGGAAAUUUCGGCAACUGCACAUUCAUUAUUUAUAAUUUUCAUUUCAAUUUUCAUAUUUUCCGAAAUAUUGGAAAAUGGCAGAUGCUGUCAGAAACGUCAAGCAGUAAAAGUUUUAGGAAGAAUGUGUCACUUGUCAUAUUAUCAGAAGUAUGUGAUAAUGACAGAUGAUGUAGGAACCGUCAAAUCAUAAACAUUUUAGGAAGAAUCCAUUUGUCAUAUUUCCCAAAGUAUUGGAUAAUGACAGUUGAUGUGAGAAACGUCAAACAAUAAGGUUUUUAAGAAGAAUUUGUCAUCUGUAACAUUUCCUCAAGUAUUUAAUAACAACAGAUGAUGUAAGAAGCAUAAAACAAACGUUUUAUCAUAUUUUCUAGAGUUUGAUAUUGACAGAUGACAGGUUGACAGAAUAAUAUACCUUUCAGGAAGAAUCUGUCAUUUGUCAAAUUUUCAAAAGUAUUGAGCAAACAAUUGAUAUACCCGCAUGUACCCUUGUUAGCUUUUUUUCGUUUUUCCCGUAUCGUGGGUUAUUUUGUUUCAAGGUGCUAAGAGGACUCCAUAAAUACAAAUACAAUACAAAUUUUUAGGAAGAAUGUGUCAUCUGUCACAUAUUCUAAAAUGAUAGAUGAUGUGGGAAACGUCAAAUAAUAAAGAAUGCAUUUGUCAUCUGUCAUAUAUUCUGAAGUAUUUGAUAACGACAGUUUUAGAAAAAAUGCCUUCGUCAUCUGUCUUCUACCAUAUUUUCUGAAGUAUUUUAUAAUGAUAGAUGACAUUUUAAGAAGAAUCCAUCUGUCAUAUGUCUUCUGUCUAAUUUUUUGAAGUAUUCGAUAAUGACAAACAAUAUUUUGAAUAGAAUCUUGAAACUUUCUAGUGAUAUCAAAUUAUCUAUAACUUAUUUUAUAUCGAAAUAGAAUAUAUUUCAAAGAGAAGUCGAUAAAAAAUUAGAGCAGAGCUUCAUUAAGUAACUAUGAACUCAAUUGAACAAACAAAAAUAUUGAAUGAGUUAACAGCCAAUUCCUCAAUGUUAAUGUAACUACUACAGUCCUCUAAAUUAUUGUAAAUUGUUUUUGUUCUAUUUUGUAUAAUAUCUAGAUAAUAAUAUUGGAUAAUUGUUAAGUCCAUGACAAUAUAUCACUAGAUGAUUACAUGAGCUUACAUUCCUAACAAAUAUAUCUAUAAACACACACACACACACACAUACAAAUAUAUCUAAAUUUACUUUAUGAAUAUAUUUUAAGCGAAAAAGUAAAUGUAAGGACUGUAAAGUUAAAAAAAAAGUAAGUAUAUAACCAACGCUUGUUUAUUGAGUAAAAAAAUUGGAUGGACAAAUCCAAACUGAAGCAAUCAUCUGUUUUUUUUUUAUAUAUAAUAUACGUAUAUUAUUCGCGUAGAACGGGCAGUUGAAUAUUUUUAAAUUUAAGAUAAUAUCAUUACAGAUUUAUGGUAAAUACUUUUUUAACGCAAAGAUUUCGUAACAUUGAUAAUUGGUGAAGUGGAAAAAUGUUUGUUGAAACUUUUCCUAUUCAAUUAAACGCAGUAAAAUAUAUUAAUAAUGAAAUAACAAUUGCGAUACAUUUAAUUAACCUGUACAUUAAUAUUUUUCGACCCCGUACUUGAAUAUCGGUAAAAACAAGUAGUCGAUGUCUGAUUCUUUACUGUUGAAUAAUCUAUGAAGCAAUUUCUUCUAGGAAUCAAACCGGCAAAACAUUAACAUCAGUUCAAUUUCUUUUUGCAACUUAAGUUUAGACAAACAUCCUCUGACCAACAGUUUGCAAAAAAAUCGUUUGUUAGUAGAUAUUAAAAUAAUUGAUUUGGUCAAAACAUUCUUUUACUGUUACUUCAACAUGAUUCAUCAUAAACUUAACUACAAUUUUUUAAAACCAUCAAUUCUCAAUUUGUAACUCCUUAUAAGCUUCGAAUAUAAUCGAUUCUGUUAUGAAUAAAGAGACGUAAUCAGUUCUAAUAUCACAAGAACUUUCAAAUUAAUCGAUUCGUCUACGGCUAACGGUAAUCAGUUAUGAUAUCAAAAGCGCUUCAAAAAUAAUCGAUACUUUUACAGUUUUAUUAUGAGAGCUUCGAAAAUAAUCGAUUAUAUUGCGAAUAAAGGGACGUAAUCGGCUUUAAUAUCAAAGAUUUUCGAAAGUAAUCGAUUUUUCUACGGCUUACGGUAAUCAGUUAUGAUAUCAAAAGCGCCUCAAAAAUAAUCGAUACUUUUACAGUUUUAUUAUGAGAGCUUCGAAAAUAAUCGAUUAUUUUGCGAAUAAAGGGACGUAAUCGGCUUUAAUAUCAAAGAAUUUCGAAAGUAAUCGAUUUUUCACGGCUUACGGUAAUCAGUUAUGAUACCAAAAGAUACUUUUACAGUUUUAUUAUAAGAGCUUGGCAAAUAAUCGAUUAUUUUGCGAAUAAAGAGACGUAAUCGGUUUUAAUAUCAAAGAUUUUCGAAAGUAAUCGAUUUUUCUACGGCUAACGGUAAUCAGUUAUGAUAUCAAAAGCGCCUCAAAAAUAAUCGAUACUUUUACAGUUUUAUUAUGAGAGCUUCGAAAAUAAUCGAUUAUUUUGCGAAUAAAGGGACGUAAUCGGCUUUAAUAUCAAAGAAUUUCGAAAGUAAUCGAUUUUUCACGGCUUACGGUAAUCAGUUAUGAUACCAAAAGAUACUUUUACAGUUUUAUUAUAAGAGCUUGGCAAAUAAUCGAUUAUUUUGCGAAUAAAGAGACGUAAUCGGUUUUAAUAUCAAAGAUUUUCGAAAGUAAUCGAUUUUUCUACGGCUAACGGUAAUCAGUUAUGAUAUCAAAAGCGCCUCAAAAAUAAUCGAUACUUUUACAGUUUUAUUAUGAGAGCUUCGAAAAUAAUCGAUUAUUUUGCGAAUAAAGAGACGUAAUCGGUUUUAAUAUCGAAAUAUUUUCGAAAGUAAUCGAUUUUUCACGGCUUACGGUAAUCAGUUAUGAUAUCAAAAGAUACUUUUACAGUUUUAUUAUAAGAGCUUGGCAAAUAAUCGAUUAUUUUGCCAAUAAAGAGACGUAAUCGGUUUUAAUAUCAAAGAUUUUCGAAAGUAAUCGAUUUUUCUACGGCUAACGGUAAUCAGUUAUGAUAUCAAAAGCGCCUCAAAAAUAAUCGAUACUUUUACAGUUUUAUUAUGAGAGCUUCGAAAAUAAUCGAUUAUAUUGCGAAUAAAGGGACGUAAUCGGUUUUAAUAUCAAAGAUUUUCGAAAGUAAUCGAUUUUUCUACGGCUAACGGUAAUCAGUUAUGAUAUCAAAAGCGCCUCAAAAAUAAUCGAUACUUUUACAGUUUUAUUAUGAGAGCUUCGAAAAUAAUCGAUUAUUUUGCGAAUAAAGGGACGUAAUCGGCUUUAAUAUCAAAGAAUUUCGAAAGUAAUCGAUUUUUCACGGCUUACGGUAAUCAGUUAUGAUACCAAAAGAUACUUUUACAGUUUUAUUAUAAGAGCUUGGCAAAUAAUCGAUUAUUUUGCGAAUAAAGAGACGUAAUCGGUUUUAAUAUCAAAGAUUUUCGAAAGUAAUCGAUUUUUCUACGGCUAACGGUAAUCAGUUAUGAUAUCAAAAGCGCCUCAAAAAUAAUCGAUACUUUUACAGUUUUAUUAUGAGAGCUUCGAAAAUAAUCGAUUAUUUUGCGAAUAAAGAGACGUAAUCGGUUUUAAUAUCGAAAUAUUUUCGAAAGUAAUCGAUUUUUCACGGCUUACGGUAAUCAGUUAUGAUAUCAAAAGAUACUUUUACAGUUUUAUUAUAAGAGCUUGGCAAAUAAUCGAUUAUUUUGCGAAUAAAGAGACGUAAUCGGUUUUAAUAUCAAAGAUUUUCGAAAGUAAUCGAUUUUUUUCUACGGCUAACGGUAAUCAGUUAUGAUAUCAAAAGCACCUCAAAAAUAAUCGAUACUUUUACAGUUUUACUAUGAGAGCUUCGAAAAUAAUCGAUUAUAUUACGAAUAAAGGGACGUAAUCGGUUUUAAUAUCAAAGAUUUUCGAAAGUAAUCGAUUCUAUAAGGAGUAACGAGAUGUAAUCGGUUCUUAUAUAUAAAGAGCUUUUAAAAUAAUCGUUUAUUUAACGACUAACAAAACGUAAUUUGCAAAAAACGUGUUUCUAGUGGAUUUUAAAGAAUUACAUCGAGUCUUGAAUGAGAAAUAAGAAUUGAUUAUUUUCGUUUGAUGUAAAUAUUUUGAUUUGCUUGUCAAAUUAAUUUUGAUGCAAACUUUUUCUGCUUCACCAUUAGAAUGACAAAAUCUAGUGCAGAUUAUUAAAAAAGUAUUUUCUGUUUAAUAUAUACUUAUAUAGAUGGCGUAUUUGUUCGUUAGUCCAAGCGUUUAAUGUAACUGUUGCCUAAGAUGAGAUUAGUUUUACAAAAUAUAUAAGAGUAUAUAGAGUGAGUAAAUUUCGGGGAAAUGGUUCUUCAAAUUUAAUCUCAAUGUUACUAUUUUUAAAACUAAUAAAGAAAAAUAAAGGAUCUCGAAGCCAAAGUGCAGAAAAAAUUGUAGUUUAACGCGCUACCUUACCUUGAAUAACGUAACUGAAUUUUUUUAGUUGCGUAUUUUUUCAGCCAUAUUGUAGUUUUUCUAUAUAUUUUUUCUUCGAUCGUUAAAGAUUUUUCUUUGUUGCUUCUUUCACCUCUUGUCUGGGCAAUCUAGGAUAGUAGGAGAAUAAGAAAACGUUCUUCUGCCAUAUUUGAUGUUAUGUAGUUCGAUUUUGGCAUAGUUUUUUUGAGAAACAACAACAGUCUUAAGUGUACAACUAUUGUUUCCAUGUUCACUAUUUUCGAAGUUUUAUUUCAUAACACUUGAGAAUUGCUAGUUGUUUAUAACAAAUAAUUAAAAUCGUACAAAUUUGGAACAUGAAAACAAUUUCCUAAUCACUCAUUACAACAUAACCUCAAUAUUUUUCCAAAUUUUGUUAUUUUCUUUAUUCUAUCAUAUGAAACAUUCUCUUCUUAUAAUGUUAUUUUAAAUACAAUCAUAAAAAACACAUUUAAUAGUACCUUUCUUAUUUAUUCAAGAAAUUCAACGUUUUUCGAAAAUUUAUUUUGAAUUAUUUAAUCAUUACGUAACAAUAUUGGUGAUAUCCCAUCGCUAUUUUUAUCAAAAUCAUAAUUCAUCUAGAAAAAUUGAAAAUUGUUUUUGAAUUCCUCUCCAUUUUCGAAUCAUAAAAACAGGAAUCGUGCAAAAUCAAAAAUAAAGUAAAAAUACGCCGAAAUUUUUUUUACGCAGUUCAUAGGAUUUCCCGCAAUUGUUGAUAAUAUUAUUCUCAAAGUGAGAAGCAUCAAAUCGAGUGUUUUCAUUAGGAAUUCGUAUCAUCUUAAGAUGCCAGGCAUCAUCCAAUCAUUAGUUGCUACUUAAUCACUGUUUCUAUCACAUGUAGUAACAGUUAAAAAUCACAUCUAGUUUCAAAAAAAUCACAGAUGUAUUUCUGUUGUGCAAAUGUUGAUUUGAUGUGAUUCAACAGUUUCUAGGCUCGUUUUUAUUAAAUUUGGCAAAAAUACAAUUGGCAAAAUGUUCAAAGUCUUAAAGAAAUUAUGGAAUCAGAAAAGACAACUUUCAUUGAUCUAGUCACCUAUUUUGAAAAUAAGUAUUAGUCAGCAUUGGAUUGUAGAGUUUGCUGCUUCACUCAAGGUUCAAGAUAUGAAUCUGGUCAGCUGGAAAAACCUGUAGAUAAACUUUUGCUAGGUCUAAUCAAAACAAUAGCUAAAGCCAUCAACCUUUUUUUAUCUGUUGGUAGCAGCUUUGUUUCAAUCAGUGGAAUCAAGGCAAAUUUUAAAUGUAAAUCAUUGUUUUAAUCAUUCAAAAUAUACUUUUUUGAAGGUUAAUUAGUAUAUCGAAUCAAUAUAAUAAUUUUGAGGUUAAGUUGUUUUGGUUUUGAAGGUUUUCAACUUAAUAUAAAUGUGUAUGGAAAAAUUCUGUAUUUUUUAUUUGAUUACCUCAAACUAGAUAAUUAAAUAAAAUGUUAACUGCAAUCUUGUAUACUUCAUAUUAAAACUGAUUUGGUAUCCGAACCCAUUAACAUUUAGUGAAGUACCCAACUGCACUCAAGGUGUUAAGAUUUAAAAUUUUAUAUGUAAAUUAUUAUUUUUUAACCAAAUUUUUAUUUAAAUUUUAUUUACUUACCAAUAUAAAUUAGAUUUGUUAGGUUUACAAAUAGCAAGCUAUUCAUUUUAUACAGUGUGACAAAAUUUUAAAUGUGUUUUCAUGCUUAAUGCAUAACACUGUAUAUGUUAAAGGAACUGUCUGUUCUGAACAGGUUCUUCUAAUUUCACAACUCGUUAUUUUAUCAAUAUUCACACAAUAUUUGUAAACAGAUCCUGAAGUAUGUCCUAUAAUUGAACUGCCAUCUCAUAUCAAAAAUAUUUUUAAAAAAGUAUCUGUUUACCAAAUUGUUUUGAAUCAAUGUAAAUAUAUUUUAUUGGUUUUAUUUAUGUAAAAAACUAUAUUUUGUUAAUCUAUUAGGUACAAUACAGUAAUAGAAUUUUUUUCACUGCGGACUGUAUCGAAGACUACUCUAAAAACUUCUGCUUAUAAUUCAUUGUCGAGUCAAUAAUUUCAAAUGAAAGUGUGUAUAUAUGUAUAAGAUGCAAUGUUUUGUUUUAUUUUCAACAAUAAUUGCAAUUUUUGAAUGUGCUAAGAUUAUAAUUGAGAUAAUCAAAAUGUUAAAUUAACCAAAUUCAUUAUCCAUUGACAAAAUGUUAAUUAUAUAAUUGCAAAUUAUUUUUUUAUUGAACAUAACCUAUAAUUAAACAUUUGCAAGUUAAGCGGUGAACAGAAUGAACGCGAACAUGACGCUGGUUCGCUAGUAAACAUAACCUUAAAAGUGCAUGUAUAUUAAGAAAUUUGAACGGUGAUCAACGAUUUUGAAUUAUUUUUAAUGUAUUAUAUACUUAUAUUUGACACGGCAUUAGUGUAUGAGAACCCUCAAUUUGAAUAGAAAUAUUUUAAAAUCAUUGAAAUAGAUCCAGACGAAAUUUAAGCAGAGACUUAACAAAAUAUUCAAUAAGAAAACCUGAUUGUCGAUUAGAUCAGGAAGUUAAUCACCAGUUCUUAUCAAAAAUAAAAUUACAUUUUGUAUAUUGUCAUAUUGGGUUGUGCAUAUAUGUUAUACUCUUAUAUGAACAGUUGGUAUAAGAAAAAACGUUACGGUGCCGACGAUAUUCAUUUUCUCUCUAGUUCGAGACACAUUAUCUAUACUGCGCAUGCUACAUGCGCGUAAAAGAUGCGCAGAACUAACUGAAGCGCUCGGAGGAGAGAGACAACGAUACACCAUUUGUUUCACUUAGUCGGAACACCUUCCACUUAUAGGAACUGUCUAUAUAGAAGUAUUACAUAUGUGGGGUUGUGAUUAUUAUAUAAUUUUUUCAUUCGACUAUGUCAUAAAAUGACGUAUCUUGGUAUUAUUGAAUUAUAAGGAAAAAAAAGGGUAUUUAACAUUUUGAUGUUGUUCUGAUUACCAAAAAUUUGAAAAGAUUGAAAUUUCAUCAGAUAUAUCAUUCUUAAUCGUCCAGCAGAUUUGAAGGUAUAAGAAAUAUGAAUGACUUUAGGUGAAAAUGAACUCAAAAAGAAUAUGUUAAAAAGUUUAAUGGUGUAAAAAAAUCAUUUUUUUUUCAACCCUAUUGUAAAUAUUGUAAAAAAUUUCACUUGACUAUCAUGUAUUCUAAUGGACGUAUCAAAAUGGAAUAUUCGAGUUGAAUAUUUAUGUUUAUACUGAAUUGAAUCUGUUAUUGUUCAUUCUCUUAACUGACGAAGCAAAUAACUCGACAGAAAGCAAACUUCCACAUGUUUUUUAUAGCUUUCUACCAAUUUCUUUGGUAAUUAUCCUAAUAAAGUAUUUUUUUUAUUGUGACAAGCUAGAAAUCCUUUCAUAUCACAUGAUUGAUACCGAUGUACAGUAAAUCGAAGUCCUUUGGCAAUCACAUCAAUAGUACUGCUUCGUUGAAUGAAUGGAUUAUAAAUUUUUACAUUUCUCCGAUUAUAAAUAACAAAUAUAUGUGAUUACAAACUUUUUUGUAAUAAUAGGCCAGUAAUAAAUUAACACUUAUCUUUUGACCUUACUUCAACUUACCAAAAUGAAUAUUUUAUUUUUCUAACUUAAGUACUAUUCGUUAUUAUUAUACAUUUUUGUAGGUAUAACUCUAAACAUGAAUAUUUUAAUUUAAAGCUACAGUUUAUUGUUUUUGGCAUAGACAUGGAUUUCUCUUAAAGUUAAAAAACUUUGUUUGAUAGUUUUUUGAUAAGUUUUUUGUUUCUCUGGAUUGUUUAAAAUUGUUAUGGACAAAAUAACAAGUUCCCAAAGGUCUGACAAGCUGCAUCGUGUCCGGUGUGUAUCUGUACUUUUGAAAGAAUAAGAAGAAGACUUUUGAUUUUUGACUAAAACGAAAAGAAAUUUAAGAUGUAGUUGAUUGGGUUAUAAACAAAAGAAAAGGAGGAUCAUUUAGUAAGAUACAAAUAAAUAUCAUUAUUAAUUAUUAUCAAAUUCUCAUUUUAACACACUGUAGCUUAAAAUCUACAUUUUGAAACGUCUUGUCUACUCAUUUUCAUUACCUCUAAGUCUUUCAUGUGAGUUUUUAUUUACUAUUUAGAUACAUUAUGUUAUAUAUAUUAUAGAUAUAAAUAUAUAUUAUAUUUUUCAGAGUAUUCAUAUACAUUUCUGUAUUUUCAAUUUUUAAGUUUACAAUUUAGUAUCAUGGCAUAUGUAGUUUUAAGAUAUAUAUUUUAGGAUGAAAUAUUAAAGACGUACAUAGUAUAAAUAUAUAUAUAUAUAUAUAUAUAUAUAUAUAUAUAUAUAUAUAUAUAUAUAUAUAUAUAAUGUGAUAAUUGAAAGUUUCUUUCCAUACUACUAUGUUAAUAUUGUUAUACAUAAACUUGUAAAAUUUUCAAAAACCGAAUAUUAGUAGUUAUAACCUUAUUUUAUAAUUUUGAUGUAUGACAAGUUUAUGUAUAACCAUUCUAAAGAUAUUAGAGUGGAAAUGACUUUUGAAUAACACUGUAUAUGCAGGCUCUCUGAAAUUGUAAUCGUUAACAUUGAUAUGUGAGAUAGUCUUAAAGAAACCACUUUGAUAAAAAUAGAACUCAUAUUUUAGACCAAAUUUGUGUGAUUAUCUACUUUGCUAAUUAUAAAGUUACUUUACGAAAAUAUUCUUUAAAAAUCGAAAAGUAACGAUUUUUUAUAUAAAUACAAACUAUAUAAUACCGAAAACAUGAACAUCAGCCUACCAGUUUGAGACAGCCUGUAUAAUAAAUUUUAUAUAUAAGAAUAUGUAUAUAGCAAGAGAUUCAAAAUAUUUUCAUUUCAAAUUACAAUGUCGGAUGCAAAUAUCAUAUUAAUAAAUA